AUGACGUCCAUGAACUCAGAUUCGGUGUCGGCCAUCCAGGUCUCAUGCAAACAGACCCGCUUCCAGAUUGAGAGCCCAAAUUAUCGUGAGCUCGAUGUCGAAGGCCUCAGUAUCGCUGUCUCGGCCGGUCCGCCAGCCGGCACGACAAAAGCCAAAGGCAAGGCGGCUCGCGGUAACAGCAUUGAGAUUUUGUCCGAUGCAACGCUGCGACUCAAGGCCGGCGAACGAUAUGCUCUCAUCGGCCGCAACGGCACUGGCAAGUCUACUCUUCUUCGCGCCAUUGCUGAGAAGUUGAUCCCCGGUAUCCCGGAGGAGGCCCGCAUUUCCAUCCUGCAGCAGACCAACGACAGCGGAGAUGGGGCCGAUGCCAAGGACAAUCGCCGCACAGUCCUAGAAGAGGUUAUCGAGCGAGCCACAGCGAAAGACGAACUCGAGAAAGAGAUACAGCUUUUAUCAAACGGCGUUGAUACCUGUGCAGCGGAGGACGACAGCAAAGAUAGAUACGCGGCCCUCCGUGCUCUGCGCAAGCUGCGGCAUGACCGCUUGCAGAAGCGCCUUUUUGUCCUCGACAAGAACGCCCGCCUGCGCAGCGGCGCUCGCGGCAUGCAGGCCCGGAAAGCUCUGACAGCGCUUGAGAAGACCGUUGCUGACGCCACGGAGGCCUGGCAGCAGGUUGACGCCGACAUUGCUGCCGAUACAUUGCAAGCCGAAACUCAGGAAGCGGCGGACCUGCUUGCGGAUCUGCAGAUCCAGGCUGAGCCGGCACGGCUGGCGCACAUCGAGGCUCGUGCCAAGAGCAUCUUGACCGGCCUGGGUUUCAGCGAUACCAUGGCAGCAUCCAAGGCCGUCAGCGACCUGUCGGGCGGCUGGCGGAUGCGCACGGCACUGGCAGCGGCGCUGCUGUCGGACGCGGAUAUCCUGCUGCUGGACGAGCCAACCAAUUUUCUGGACAUGCUGGGCAUUGUAUGGCUGCAAAAGUUCUUGCUGGCAGGCAGUGGUGAAGGAGGCUUGGAUGGCACGACGACAGGCGGUGAGCCGGCACGGCCACCACCGACCCUCGUUCUCGUAUCGCACGACCGAGAUUUUGUCAGUUCUGCCGCAGAUCAUCUCAUCUUGCUCCAAGAGAAGGCACUUUCGUACUACACAGGCGACCUGCCUUCAUACGAGGCGGCACAGGCUGAGUCUCGGCUUCAUCUGCACAAGAUCAAGGAUGCCCAGGACCGACAGCGAGCGCAUUUGCAGGAGACGAUCCAGCGAAACAUGCGCGAGGGCAAGAAGAACAAUGAUGACACUCGCAUCCGGCAGGCCAAGAUGCGCCAGAAAAAACUCGACGAUCGUUGGGGGCUCGAGACCAAUGCCAAGGGUCAUCGCUUCAAGCUGAACCGCGACAUGGCUGGGUUUCACCUCACGCGGCGGAACGAAAUUGACGUGCCGACUGAGGCGCGGGCGAUGCACAUUGUGCUACCCGAGCCACCCGACCUCCGGUUCCCCGGUGCGCUGCUAAGUUUAGACAAUGUCUGCUUCCGGUACGGUGUUGUGAAACGAAAUCAGGAACCGCCACCGUGGACGCUGGACACGGUCAACCUCAACGUACACAUGGGCGACCGCAUCGGCAUUGUAGGGCUUAACGGAGCGGGAAAGUCGACGCUCAUCCGCUUGCUUGUGGGCGAAGACAGUAUCAGUGCCGGUGCUGGUGGCCAGUCCCGCCUCAAGCCAACCAAGGGAACCGUGACGAUGCACCCAAGACUUCGUCUCGCGUACUACGCACAAGAUGCCGUCGACGCUAUCCGCGCACUCGACAUCGACAACCAAGACGAAGCCCCAAUGACGGCUCUCAGCCUUCUCAUGCGUGAUGCCGCCGGGCAGCUAUCCGAAGGCGACCUCCGUGCUCUUCUUGGUGAGCUGGGUCUGCCGGGUCGUCUAGCAUCAGACACACCGCUGCGGCGGCUGUCGGGCGGACAGCUUGUGCGAUGUGCACUGGCACGAUUGCUGUGGCAGCGUCCGCAGUGCUUGGUGCUAGAUGAGGUCACGACUCACCUGGAUUAUGAGACGAGUACAGCGCUGCGGCAAGCUCUGCGGACGUGGCCGGGCGCGGUGGUGCUCGUGUCGCACGACCGUUGGUUUAUGCGGGGUGCUAUAGAAGGCGAAGUUGACAUUGUGGCAGGCUCGGGAUCUGACGACGACGGUAGUGGCCACGACGAUACAGCAGGGGAGGAUGGGCCUGGUGGAAGAAAGCUCGUCUAUCGCUUGCGGAUGGGCAAGUUGACGCUGCUCGACGGCGGUGUGCAGCAGUUUGAAGAUGUGUUGGAGAAAAGGGUCAAGAAGCUGCUGAUAUCUUGA